AUGGCCACGCUGGGAAAUAAGUCUGACCAAGAAAUCAGGGAACUAUUGGACGAGUAUGGAAUUAAGCACGGGCCUAUCGUUAGUAAGUAAUGCUUUCAUUUUUGAAUUAGCUAGCUAACGUUAGCUAGCUAAGCUGAAUAACGAUUGAGCUAGCUACUGUAGCUAAUCAUUUCUAGCCUGCUGAGUAGGCCUGCCUAAUAGACUACAUGUCUAUGACCAGACGGUCUCAAAUGUACUGAUGAUAUUAUAAUAGUCAUGUAGCAAUGGUUCAAUUGCAUUACUGAGCCACAUCUAACAUCUCUGCAUUUUUGGAGACACUACAAGAGCCCUGUAUGAGAAGAAGCUGAGAGAGGCCAUGGCCAAAAACAAUGUCACAAAACCAUCCCCAGACAAAACCUUCUACAGAGAAGAGCGUAAGUUAUACAUACACGAUAACACAAUGCUACAUUAUGCAUACAGCUACCAUCUUUAGAAUUACAUUUUUGUCAUUUAGCAGACGCUUUUAUCCAGAGCGAUUUACAGGACCAAUGAGGGUUAUGUGCCUUGCUCAAGGGCACAGCGACAGUUUUUCACCUAGUCGGCUAGGGGAUUCGAACCAGCGACCAUUGGGUUACUGGCCCGACGCUCUAACAGCUAGGUUACCUGCCGGAAUGUUCGUUUACUUUUUCUUUCUUCAUUUCAGAGGAAGAAGUCACCUAUGUUACCUAUCGGACACCAGUAAGUAUCCAACCUUGGGUUGAUUCAUUUGUUCGUAGUUGCUUCUACAACCUGUCAUUUUAUAGAUGGAGAUUCAAACUGUUUUACCAUCAAUAUUCUUCUGUUUCUCAUAUUUGCAGGUUAUGAGUGCGGGGCCUUCUGGAGAUGGGAAACCCUACAUGAGAUCAAGACCAGAGUACAGUGAGAGGGACUUUGUGGAUGAGUACGUUUGUUUACAGAUUUUUUGCAUUAAUAAAUGUUGUGAUGUUAUCCAGUGUUUUUGUGGUCAGUUGGUUAAAGUGGACCAAUAAAACGAAUCAACUUGUUUCUCUCUCCUUUGCAGCAAACUCUAUUCAAGAUCAAGACCAGAGUACAGCAGCAGAAGACAAUAUGUUGAUGAGUGAGUCUUGUUUAGAAAGAUUUCGAAUUGUUCAUGUAUAAUAAUGUUUUCAUAGCUUAGUCCCAGAUCUGUUUAUGCUGUCUUGCCAAGUCCUAUGGUCAUUGUCAUGCCAACAACAACCAUAUGAGUUGGCAAUACAUGACAAACCGAUCUGAAACCAUGCUAAUGUUCAGGGAUGUGAUUCCUGCUUUUCUGACAUUUAUCCUCCAUUCAUAUUCAGUGCCUUCAGAAGGUAUUCAUACCCCUCGACUUAUUCCACAUUUUGUUGUUACAGCCUGAAUUCAAAAUGGAUGAAAUUGAUACAUACAACAUACACACAAUACCCAAUAAUGACAGUGUAAACAUGUUGAGACUUUUUUACAAAUGUAUUGGAAAAUAAAAUACAGAAAUCUAAUUCACAUAAGUAUUCACACUCCUGAGUCAAUACAUGUUACAGCUGUGAGUCUUUCUGGGUAAGUCUCUACGAGCUUUGCACACCUUGAUUGUACAACAUUUUCCCAUUAUUCUUUUCAAAAUUCUUCAAGCUCUGUCAAAUUGGUUGUUGAUCAUUGCUAGACAACCAUUUAAGUCUUGCCAUAGAUUUUCAAGCAGAUUUAAGUCAACUAAAACACGGCCACUCAGGAAUAUUCACUGUCUUGUUGGUAAGCAACUCCAGUGUCGAUUUGGCCUUGUGUUUUAGGUUAUUGUCCUGCUGAAAUGUGAAUUCGUUGCCUAGUGGGUAGCAGACUGAACCAGGUUUUCCUCUAGGAUUUUGCCUGUGCUUAGCUCCAUUCUGUUUAUUUUUUAUCCUGAAAAACUCCCCAGUCCUUAACGAUUACAAGCAUACCCAUAAUAUGGAAAAUGGUACUCAGCAAUGUGUUUUGGAAUGUUUUCUAUUCUGUACAGGCUUCCUUCUUUUCACUCUGUGAAUUAGGUUAGUAUUGUGGAGUAAUGUUGUUGAUCAAUCCUCAGUUUCCUCCUAUCACAGCCAUUAAACUCAGUUUUAAAGUCACCAUUGGUCUCAUGGUUAAAUCACUGUGCGGUUUCCUUCCUCUCCGGCAACUGAGUUAGGAAGGACGCCUGUAUCUUUGUAGUAACUGGGUGUAUUGAUACACCACCCAAAGUGUAAUUAAUAACUUCACCAUGCUCAAAGGGAUAUUCAAUGUCUUCUUUUUGUAUUUGUACCCAUCUACCAAUAGGUGCCCUUCUUUGCGAGGCAUUGGAAAAACCUCCCUGUUUUUUUGGGUUGAAUCUGUGUUUGAAAUUCACUGCUCGACUGAGGGACCUUACAGAUAAUUGUAUGUGUGGGAUACAGAGAUGAGGUAGUCAUUCACAAAUCAUGUUAUACACUUAUUGCACACAGUGAGUCCAUGCAGCUUAUGUGACUUGUUAAGCACAUUUUUACUCCUGAACUCAUUUAGGCUAGCCAUAACAAAGGGGUUGAAUACUUAUUGACUGAAGACAUUUCAGCUUUUCAUUUUUAAUUUGUAACAAAAAUAAAAUAAAAAAACAAUUCCACCCUGACAUGAGGUAUUGUGUGUAGGCCAGUGACAAAAACAUCUAAAUUGAAUCCAUUUUAAGUUCAGGCUGUAACACAAAAUGUGGAAAAAGUCAAGGGGUGUGAAAUACUGAGCAUACAAAACAUUAAGAACACUAUUUUCAUGACAGCUCUCACCUGGCCAGUCUAUCAUCCCUUACUGGUCACAUGUUAAAUCCACCAAUCAGUGUAGAUGAAGGGGAGGAGACAGGUUAAAGAAGGAUUUUUAAGCCUUGAGACAAUUGAGACAUGGAUUGUGUAUGUGUGCCAUUCAGAGGGUGAAUGGGCAAGACAAAAUAUUAAAGUGCCUUUGAACGGGGUAUGGUAGUAGGUGCCAGACGCACCGGUUUGUGUCAAGAACUGCAAUGCUGCUGGGUUUUUCACGCUCAACAGUUUCCCGUCAUGAAUGGUCCACCACCCAAAGGACAUCCAGCCAACUUGACACAACUGUGGGAAGCAUUGGAGUAAACCACAGGUGGUUGGUGGCACCUUAAUUGGGGAGGACGGGCUCGUGGUAAUGGGGAGGACGGGCUCGUGGUAAUGGGGAGGACGGGCUCGUGGUAAUGGGGAGGACGGGCUCGUGGUAAUGGGGAGGACGGGCUCGCGGUAAUGGGGAGGACGGGCUCGCGGUAAUGGGGAGGACGGGCUCGCGGUAAUGGGGAGGACGGGCUCGCGGUAAUGGGGAGGACGGGCUCGCGGUAAUGGGGAGGACGGGCUCGCGGUAAUGGGGAGGACGGGCUCGCGGUAAUGGGGAGGACGGGCUCGCGGUAAUGGGGAGGACGGGCUCGCGGUAAUGGGGAGGACGGGCUCGCGGUAAUGGGGAGGACGGGCUCGCGGUAAUGGGGAGGACGGGCUCGCGGUAAUGGGGAGGACGGGCUCGCGGUAAUGGGGAGAACGGGCUCGCGGUAAUGGGGAGGACGGGCUCGCGGUAAUGGGGAGGACGGGCUCGCGGUAAUGGGGAGGACGGGCUCGCGGUAAUGGGGAGGACGGGCUCGCGGUAAUGGCUGGAGCACAAUAAGUGGAAUGGUAUCAGAUGCCAUUUGCUCUGUUCCAGCCAUUAUUAUGAGCCGUCCUCCCCUCAGCCUCCACUGCAGUCAGCAUGCAUCCCUGUGGAACGCUUUCGACACCUUGUAGAGUCCAUGAGAACUUGGCCUACCUGGUGACGAAUUGAGGCUGUUCUGAGGGCGGGGGGGGGGGGUUGCAACUCAAUAUUAGGAAGGUGUUCAUAAUGUUUGGUAUACUCAGUGUAUAUCGAAACUGACCUAUCCCCUAGCUAAGGGCCUGCUUUUCUAUGUUGUCCUGAUCACAUACCUGAAUGUAGUCAUAUUUGAGACUAAAUGCCCCAUUUUCAGGCCCCAUGUCUACAACACACCAUCAUCCUCGUCCUACUCCAAACCAACGCCUGUGGUGAAGUCUGGAGGUGGUGUUGUGGAGGAGGAAAAAACAGAGAGCUCUGGGAGACUGAUCCCUCUCUGGAUCCAGUUCCUGGUCUUCCUGAUCGUAGCUGGGUUCCUCUACUUCAUAUUUAUCAACAUGGAGUCCGCAGAGAGUAGCCCCUUUAACAGAAUCCAAUGA